AUACAGACGUUAUACAUGUAGAGAGAGAGGGGGAGGGAAGAAGGAGAGGGAGAGAGGGAAGAAGGGCCCCUAAACUGAAAAACAGAACGGAAUUUAGAGAGGAGAGAGAAGAGAGAAAUGAAGAAAUCAGGAGCAGAGAAGAAGAGGGUCCGUCGGUCAUUAGGAGCGACACAAAAUGGUGGCAACAGAGAUCCCAACAGCGACACUCCUCCUAGGAAACAAGCUGCCAAGAAGGAUGUAUUUCAGUUGUUUGCUGAGAAAGUGAGAGACCAUAAAGAUUUGGGAUCUAGGUGGGCUGUUUUACAGGAGACACGUGUGGAAUAUUUCAGAGGAAAGGAUUUUGUUAGCUUCUUGAGAGAUCAUCCAGAACUCAAAGACAUACUAGAAUCGGAUAAAGAUCUAGAAAUAGAAGAUAUUGCCAAUGUUCUACUGGGAAAGAAUCUUUUAGUGCGUUGUGAUCGUGUGGUAAAAACUGUUCGUCCUGGGAAGAAAAAAUUGUCUACUUGGCCAGCACAUUUAGAGAUAUUUCCUGGUCAAGUUUUUUCUGAAAAUGAUGCCUUCUUUGCUUGGACAUUUGAAAAGCGACAUCCACUCUGGCAAACACUUCUCUCAUUUUUCUGGCCUGUGUUGACACUUGCAAUCUGCUUGUUUCCUGUAUAUCCCCAUCGAUGCAAGCUACUCAUACUCUAUUCGUGCGCAGGGGUCCUCCUACUUAUACUCUCUCUGCUUUUUGUGAGGGCUGCAAUCUUUGGUGUUAUGUGGACAAUUGUUGGAAAGCGUGUUUGGUUUUUCCCUAACAUCCUUGCAGAGGAAGCAACUCUCCGAGAAUUAUUCCGUUUUUGGCCCAAGAAAGAUGAGGAGGAGCGGCCAAAAUGGACAGCAAGGCUUUUCUAUGCAUUAGUUGCUGUGCUGGUCAUAUUACUUCUGAGGCAACAUGCCCCUGAUGAGGCUGCUAGAGCCAGGUAUCAGAAGCGGGUUUCCAACAUUAUUGAUGAUGUUCUCGAGUGGUCUCCAAGUUUAGCUCUGUCUGGGAUGAUGGAGAAGCAGCAACCCGUGGUUAAUGCCACCGAACCCAACAAUUUUACUGAUGGGGACACAAGAAGAUCAGAAAAGGUGGCUCCCUCGGAUAACAUGGAUGAAGAAACCUUGUCAGAGCAACAUGACGAAGAAAUUUUCGAGAACAUGGAUACUGAUCAUGAUCAUUAACAUCGUACUCAUAUAUGAUUUUAGAACAAGAAAUCCCAAACAAAUGAUAGAUUACAGUUUUUUCUUCUUUUUUUUUUACCUUUUCUAUAAUUAUAAUUAUUAUUUUGUUUUUGAAUAUCUGAGUGUAUAAGUUUAAAUAUGACAAUAAAUUAUUUCUCAAGUCCGCUUCCUUGAACGGAUCCGUGGAAA